AUUAUGUGAAUUAUAUUUAUUAUUAUAUUUUCUCUUAUAAUUUUUAGUUUAUCAAUAAUCUGAAUGGAUUUCAUAAAAAUUCUUAUUACAAUUGAAUUUACUUUUCUUAUUAUUGUUUUAAUUUUAAUAUUUAGAGGGAUAAUAAUCUCAGAUAGUUUAAUUAUUUUUUUAAUAGUAAUAGGAGCUUCUGAAAGUGUGUUCACUCUUACUCUUUUAAUAUUACAAAAUAAAUAUAAAUAUUCAAAUAUUAGUUUAAAAUUUAGUACUUGAUAA